AUGACCACGAUAUCGAAAAGCUUCUUACAAGGAACGCGCAUGGCGUUGGCGGGCUUCUACCUGUUGUCAACAUUGGUUACAAUUCCUAUAUCUUUUAAAGUCGGUGGACUUUAUUGUGGUCUAUCAUUUACUGUGACGUUGUUCAAUCUGUACCUGAUAACGACCACAUUAUCGAUGGUCGCACAGAGUUAUGGCAAUAAAUGUUACAUUGUUGGUACUACUUUCAUCUAUUAUUUGCAACAUUUUAUGAUUGCAUCUUUACUUUACCUAUUUCUCUCUGGGUUUUCAAACGAGGAGUUGACGAAAGUUUUGGAAGAUGGCUCUCAACCGGAGCAGUCUUUGGUGAAUGUCUUAAGGAAUAAUGUCUUUUCCAACCAUUCGAGUUGGAUGUUGUAUUACUAUUACUAUCGUUAUGUUGUUCAACCCUGGCAAUCCGUUCUGACCCACUCUACCGCUUUUUUUGCCUUGUCGGAAGGUUUCUUUACAGUUCUUGGAAUUCAAGCCAUCGGUGAGACAAAUAGGUGGUUAUUGGAUGAAAUGAACUCAAAUACUUGGAUAAUCGCUUCACUUUUGACAUCUGGCGGAGUAAUCACUGCUUCGCUUUACUACUUGUACAGAAUUUAUGUCACGCCCAUUUGGAAUCUUUCCGUGCAAACAGCUUCUUUGCUUGGUUUCACUUUGUCCAUUGUCUGCGGGAUUGGGUUAUUUGGAAUUGUUAGCAAGAACGGCUCUGUUAUUGAAAGCUCUUUGUUCUUUGCCUAUAUUGUCCGUUGCAUUUACGAGAUUUCGCCAAAAUUGGCCACUACUGCUACCGAUGAGAUACUAGAAGUAAUCAAAGUCGCCUGGCAGAAACAUCAAAAGAAUCUAUCCACAACAAACAAUUUGUUAUCGUACUAUCAAGAUGUAGUGUUGAAGAAUGCUGAGAUGGUAUGGGAAUCAAUUGUUCUUAGGACCAAGAACUCAGAUGCAACUACUUUUACUGCCAUUCAACCACUAAAUAAAUUGUGGCACGCAUUCACACCUAUCUGGAAAUUUUUCAAAGGAUUUGUCCUUUCGGUACCGUCAUCAAUUGGUGGUGUCUUUCAAGUGACACUCAAGUUAGCAUCAGAGUCAGUCUCGCCUGCGAUUGUCCUGAACCUAUGUUUCAGAGUGCUUGUCUUUUAUUCAGCUACAAGAAUCAUUCCAGCUUUACAAAGAAAGAAUACCAGAGAAUUGCGUAAAAGUCGUCGAAUAAUGAAUGUACUGUACUGGUACAGUCCCUGCAUCCUAAUUGCAAUGUAUACACAUCUGAUAUUGCAGUAUUCGGGUGAGCUGAACAGUGACCUGUGCCUGUGGGGUUGCAGCGAGAAAUGGUUUGGCUCCGGUCAACCAAAGAUUGAGAUAAACACAUGGGUCUUUUGGAACUGGUGUAACAUCUUUUGGACCGUACUCAUAUAUGGUAGUGAACUGAUCGGUGGUAAGAGGUAA